UGCUGGUCACACUGUCACAGUUUCCUAAAUUUUAAUAAAACUCGUAGGUAAAAUCGGUCGCGCUGAAAUAUACAACGGAUUACAAAACUUUAAAAAUAAUUAUAGUUGAAAAACAAGUGCCCUAUAAUCUCGCGGAGAUAAAGUGCUAGUCAUCAUGCUUUCCUAGUGCAAAUCACUGACCGCAAACAGCUGUCGUCGCCCGAAUUCCUGCACAGUUUUUGCACACCUUUCUAUUUGUUUUUGUAGUUGCGGCAAAAGGAAAAUCGAAAAGAAAAUCGAGGCAAGGAGGCAAGGAGGAGAGGCGAGAAAAACCAAAACAAAGCAAGUUGUGCAUUUGUUUUCAUUUAGCAGCAGCAAAAUGCAGAGCUGCUGGCACGAUGGCGACGAGGACGCCAUGGCGGCGCCGCCCAUCUCCUCCUGCACGGCCACAGAAAACGCCAACAUUCUGGGAUCACGGCGUACAUUUGGCGAUAUAACCACCAACAGGCUCUGGACAUUCCGCGUGCUGAUGCACCAGGAAAUGGCCCCCAACGAACGGCUGGCCGUUGUGGGUAACUGCGAGGCCCUGGGCAAUUGGCAGCAUUCGGGAGCGGCCCUGCUCUCCAAGGACAACCAAGAGGAGAACGAGAGCAAUCUGUGGACGGGAGAGGUCUAUGUGCCCCGCCACUGCCACACCGAAUAUCGCUACUUGGUCUGCGCCGUGGACCCGAGCAGUGCGGAGCAGCCGCUGCUGGUUCGUCGCUGGGAAACUCAAUUACAGCCCAGGAUCAUCAAAGAGCUCGAUGAGCAGCCCGCCAAGGAGCACUCGGACAUAUUUGGAUCGUUCCGAGGUCAGGAGAAGGUGGACAGGGGUUGGCUAACCCAGGAGACGCUGGUCCAGCUCAAGUUCUUCUACGCCCCGUUCACGUUUAAGCAGCGGAUGAAGCGACGGCAUGUGCAGGUGAAAGUAACACCCAUGAAUCUAAGCAUACCUAGUGCCGACCGUUGCGAGGCCUUUGCGCCCGUUUCCCCGCUGGAGGAUUCCCUCUCGAAUGACACGCACGACACCAAGGAGAAUGGUGGCGAGUCCGCGACGGCGUUUGCCUUCAGCGAGGUGGUGGCCUUGAGUGCCGACGAUUGCGAGAUCAGGGCCCAGGAGCAGUUCGGCAUUGGGUGCGGGCCCAGCGACUUGGUAAUCUUCCACAUGACCGUGGCGGAUCUGGAGAACACUGCCUUCCUGAUCGACCUGUACACGUAUAGCUCGCGGGUGGCCAAGGAGGACGGUGUACCGAAUCACCUGGGCUAUCACUAUGUCCUGCCCAAUCUGUUCAAGCGCUCCGAGGGCCAUCUGGAGCUACCUAUUACCUGUGCCAAGGGCCAUCGUCCGUUGGGAAUGAUGCGGCUGGGCUACCUCAUCGUCAAGCCGUCCUCCCAGAGUGCCCUCAUGGACAUGAGCGUCAGCUAUGCCCGCUACUGGAACAACAAGUGGACGGGCCUGGAUGUGGGACAUCGCGGCUCCGGCACCAGCUUCAAGGCCAAGGAUGCCGUGAUCCGCGAGAAUACGAUAACCUCGCUUAGAUAUGCCGCCGAUCACGGUGCCGAUAUGGUGGAGUUCGAUGUUCAGCUGAGCAAGGAUCUGGUGCCGGUGGUCUAUCAUGAUUUCAUGAUCUACGUGUCCCUGAAAUCCAAGUGCAGCAUGCAGGAGCACGACUUCCUGGCACUGCCCAUGCGGGAGCUGUCCUUGGAGCAGCUGAAGAAGCUCAAGGUGUACCACACAGCCGAGGGCCUGUCACGGGAGACGCGCUCCUUUCACAACGACGACCUGCUGGAACACCAGCCCUUUCCCCAGCUGGCCGAUGUCCUCGACGCCCUGGACGUCCAUGUGGGCUUCAACAUCGAGAUCAAGUGGUCACAGCGCCUCCAGGAUGGGAAAAUGGAGGAGGAGUUCGAGCAUGUGGUGGACCGAAAUCUCUACAUCGAUUGCAUUUUGGACGUUGUCCUGCGGAAGGCGGGCAAUCGGCGGAUAGUUUUGAGUUGCUUCGAUCCCGACAUAUGCACCAUGCUGAGGUACAAACAAAACAGAUAUCCAGUCAUGUUUCUGACACUCGGCAGGACGACGAGAUACGAGCAGUAUUUGGACCCCAGGGGCAACUCGAUGGAGCUGGCCGUUUGGCAUGCGGUGGCCAUGGAGCUGCUGGGAAUUGUGGCUCACACGGAGGACUUGCUGCGUGACCCCAGCCAGGUGAAUCUGGCCAAGGAGCGCGGCUUGGUGCUAUUUUGCUGGGGCGAUGACAACAACUCCAAAGACACCAUCAAGCUGCUGAAGGGGCUCGGCCUGCAUGCGAUUAUCUAUGACAAAAUGGAUGUGCUGACCACCAAGGAGGUCAAGCAAAGCGUUUUCCACUUGCAGGCCAAGGACAGCCAGAAGGAGCUGCUCAAAUUGCAGGCCUUGGAAAUGGGUCAUGUCUGGCACACCUCUCCCGAUGGCGCCGAGGAGCAGCAAGCCUAGAGAUCGCUCGAGGCCUUUAUACUCUUGCGAACUCUGCUAGGACCAAAACCUCAUCUAUUUUUCACAUUUGUUGUUUCAUUUUCUCACUUCUCAUUUUCCCUUAGCCAAUUGCAUUUGCUUAAUUUCUUAUUGUCUGUAUAAAUGCCUAGUUUAAACCUUACUAAAAAAAGGAGAAAAGAGAAAACGAAAAUCUGUUCUCAGUUAGUUUUUCUAAGCUUUGCUUAAAUACUUAACUAUAAUAUAUAAGAAAAAUUUUAAAUAAAAAAGGCCGCUCUUUGUUUACAUUUCAAUUCAACACUAA